AGGGCGAGAGGAGAGAAGAGCCUCCCGUCACUCUCUCUCACAACACCGUGAGAGCCACAGGACUCACGCUGUCCUCCAGCACACACACACACACACACACACACACACACACACAAGCACUGACAGCGUGAGAGAGAGAGGAGGGUACAGCAGGAAGAAAGCAAGGAGAGAACGUGGAGUGCGAGAGGGAGGGACGUAAAAAAAAAGGAAAUAAAAAAAAGAUCCUGAACAGAAGGAUUUUCUCUUUUCUCCCGAGGAGCUGCCAAUAACCCUCGGUGAAGGAUGGCAGAAGGGGGAGAGGGAGAGGAGGAGAUCCAGUUCCUGCGCACGGAGGACCAGGUGGUGCUGCAGUGCACGGCCUCCGUCAUGAAGGAUCAGCAGGUGAAGCUGUGUCUGUCCUGCGAGGGCUUCGGGAACCGCCUCUGCUUCCUGGAAACCACGUCCAACGCUCAGAAUGUGCCCCCGGACCUGGCCAUCUGCAGCUUCGUCCUGGUGCAGUCCCUGUCGGUGCGCGCUCUGCAGGAGAUGCUGGCCAACAGGGUGGAGAUGACCGAGUCGUCCCAGGGUGGGGGGCAUCGCACCUUACUGUACGGCCAUGCCAUCCUCCUGAGACACUACCACUCAAGCAUGUACCUGAGCUGUUUGACUACGUCUCGGUCACUCACGGACAAGCUGGCCUUUGAUGUGGGCUUGCAAGAAGAUUCCACGGGUGAGGCCUGUUGGUGGACAAUUCAUCCCGCCUCUAAGCAAAGGUCAGAAGGUGAGAAGGUCAGGGUGGGAGACGACCUCAUCCUCGUCAGCGUCUCCUCUGAGAGAUACCUGCACUUGUCCUACGCCAGUGGAGAUCUGAUGGUGGAUGCCUCCUUCAUGCAGACUCUGUGGAACAUGAAUCCAAUUACUUCUGGUUGUGAACUAGCUGAGGGGUUCCUGACAGGAGGUCACGUCCUCAGGCUGUUCCACGGUCACAUGGACGAGUGUCUGGCCAUCGCUACACCAGAGGAAGGAGAAGAGAAGCGCAGGAUGGCUCAUUAUGAGGGGGGGGCAGUGUGCAGCCAGGCUCGGUCCCUGUGGAGGUUGGAGCCUCUCAGAAUCAGCUGGAGCGGCAGCCACAUGAAGUGGGGGCAGUCUUUCCGUAUUCGCCACAUCACCACAGGCCGGUACCUGUGUAUGGACGAGGAGAAGGUUCUUUUGGUGGUCGACCCAGAGAAGGCCAACACCAAACUAUCCGCCUUCUGCUUCAGAGUUUCAAAGGACAAGGUGGAGGUGGCUCAGAAGAGAGAUGUUGAGGGGAUGGGCAUUCCUGAGAUCAAGUAUGGAGAGUCCAUGUGCUUCGUCCAGCAUGUGUCCACUGGCCUGUGGCUCACCUACGCCGCCCUGGAUGCCAAAGCUGCUCGUCUGGGAAUGAUGAAGAGAAAGGUCAUUCUGCACCAGGAGGGUCAUAUGGACGACGCCCUGACUGUGUCCCGCUCCCAAACUGAAGAGUCUCAGGCUGCUCGCAUGAUUUUCAGCACUGUGGGCCUCUUCAGGCAGUUCAACAAGGGUUUGGACGCUCUAGGUGGGAAGAACAAGUCACCAGGGGCCGUGUCUCUGCCUCUGGAGGGGGUCAUCCUCUCUCUUCAGGAUCUCAUCUUCUACUUCUGCCCCCCCGAGGAGGAGCUGGAGCACGAGGAGAAGCAGACCAAACUUCGCUCCCUCCGCAACAGACAGAACCUCUUCCAAGAGGAGGGAAUGAUCACCAUCGUGCUGGAGUGCAUCGACCGCCUCAACGUGUACAACACUGCUGCCCACUUUUCUGAGUUUGCCGGGGAGGAAGCUGCAGAGUCCUGGAAGGAGAUCGUCAAUCUCCUUUAUGAGCUGCUGGCUUCUCUGAUCAGGGGGAACCGCUCUAACUGCGCCCUGUUCUGUGACAACCUGGACUGGCUGGUCAGCAAGUUGGACCGACUGGAGGCCUCUUCAGGUAUUCUUGAGGUGCUGUAUUGUGUGCUGAUUGAAAGCCCUGAGGUUCUGAACAUCAUCCAGGAGAACCAUAUUAAAUCCAUCAUCUCUCUCCUGGACAAGCAUGGACGGAACCACAAGGUCCUGGAUGUCCUGCGCUCUCUUUGUGUGUGUAACGGUGUAGCUGUGAGGUCCAACCAGAACCUCAUCACUGAGAACCUGCUCCCGGGGCGGGACCUGUUGCUGCAGACCAACAUUGUAAACUAUGUCACCAGUGUGAGGCCCAACAUCUUCCUGGGUACGUGCGAGGGGUCCACGCAGUUUAAGAAAUGGUACUUUGAGAUGAUGGUGGACUAUGUGGAACAGUUUGUGACGGCGCAGGCCAGCCACCUGCGUGUGGGCUGGGCUAUGACCGAGGGCUACAGCCCCUACCCUGGAGGAGGAGAGGCCUGGGGGGGCAACGGUGUGGGAGAUGACCUCUACUCCUAUGGCUAUGAUGGGCUGGACCUAUGGUCAGGUACCGUGGCCCGCCAGGUGGCCGCGCCCAACGCUCACUGCCUGUCUGCAGACGACGUAGUCAGCUGCUGUCUGGAUCUGAGCGUGCCCAGUAUCUCCUUCCGUAUUAACGGCCACCCAGUUCAGGGCAUGUUUGAGAACUUCAACGUGGACGGCCUCUUCUUCCCCGUCAUCAGUUUCUCUGCUGGAGUCAAGGCUCGCUUCCUGCUUGGCGGUCGUCACGGAGACUUCAAGUUCAUGCCCCCUCCUGGCUACGCCCCGUGCUACGAGGCCCUGUUGCCGCGGGACAGGAUGCGUAUCGAACCCAUCAAGGAGUACAAGCACGACUUCCAGGGCGUCCGCAACCUGCUGGGGCCCUCGCAGUCCCUCACACACACCUCGUUCACCCCCUGCCCCGUGGACACGGUUCAGAUCGUGUUGCCACCCCACUUGGAGCGUAUCCGAGAGAAGCUGGCAGAGAAUAUUCACGAGCUCUGGGCGGUCACCCGUAUCGAGCAGGGCUGGACCUAUGGGAGUUUCAGGGACGACAACAAGAAGCUCCACCCCUGUCUGGUGGACUUUCAGAGCCUCCCUGAACCAGAGAGGAACUACAACCUGCAGAUGUCAGGAGAGACCCUCAAGACUCUCCUGGCGCUGGGUUGCCACGUUGGAAUGGGUGACGAGAAAGCAGAGGAGAAUCUCAAGAAGAUCAAGCUGCCUAAGACCUACGUGAUGACUAACGCAUACAAGCCUGCCCCCCUUGACCUGAACCAUGUCAAACUGACACCCAACCAGAACCAGCUCGUAGAGAAACUGGCAGAAAACGGACAUAAUGUUUGGGCAAGGGACCGGGUACGACAAGGAUGGACCUACAGUAUUGUGCAGGACAUCAUGAAUAAGCGAAACCCUCGUCUGGUACCUUACAACCUUCUGGACGAGAAAACUAAGAAAACGAACCGAGACAGUGUGAACAACGCUGUCCGCACCCUCAUUGGCUAUGGCUACAACAUUGAGCCUCCAGAUCAGGAGAGCUCGGGCCAUGGCCUUGAGAACACCCGCGGGGACAAGGUACGGAUCUUCAGGGCGGAGAAGUCGUACGCGAUCACCCAGGGGAAGUGGUACUUUGAGUUUGAGGCGGUCACCACGGGGGAGAUGAGAGUGGGCUGGGCCCGUCCCAGUGUCCGCUCUGACAACGAGCUGGGAGCUGACGAGCUGGCCUACGUUUUCAACGGAAAUAAGGCUCAACGAUGGCAUGUUGGCAAUGAUCCCUUCGGUCGCCAGUGGCUGUCGGGCGAUGUCGUCGGUUGUAUGAUCGACCUGACUGAUAAUAACAUCAUGUUCACGCUCAACGGAGAAAUGUUGAUCAGUGACUCGGGCUCAGAUAUGGCGUUCAAAGACAUCGAGAUUGGUGAAGGUUUUAUCCCAGUGUGUGCGCUGGGCCUGGGUCAGGUUGGCAGAAUUAAUCUCGGGCAGAAUGUCAGCAGCCUGCGCUACUUUGCCAUCUGUGGCCUGCAGGAAGGUUUUGAACCUUUCGCCAUCAACAUGAAGCGAGAAAUCACCAUGUGGUUCAGUAAAAGUCUGCCCCAGUUCGUGCCUGUACCCCACGAUCACAAUCAUAUUGAGAUCUCCCGUGUGGAUGGGACGGUGGACAGCGCCCCCUGUCUGAAGCUGACCCACAGAACCUUUGGCUCGCAGAACGCCAACACCGACAUGAUGUUCCUCAGACUCAGCAUGCCGAUCCAGUUCCACGAGACCUUCAAGAUCACAGCAGGCACAACCCCUCUCACCCGGGCCCUCACCAUACCUGAAGAGGAGGUGAUAGUGGUGGAACCCGACUCAGAGUUUGAGAUUCUGAAGAGGUCUGCUGGCCGCAAGGAGCAGGAGGACGACAAGAAGGAGCCGUCGGUGGCGAAGGAGCUCUCCAUGGAGAAUGAGAAGGACUCAGUGUCGGAAAAGGGAAAGAAAAAAGGAUUCUUCUCCAAGGCCAAGAAGGUUGCCAUGAUUCCUCUCUCUCCUGGUCCUGCCCCUCCAACAGUGCCACGUUUGGUGGAAGAUGUGGUCCCGGACGACAGAGAUGACCCUGAGUUCAUCCUGAAUACCACCACUUAUUACUAUUCUGUGAGGAUCUUCGCUGGGCAGGAGCCUUCUGGUGUGUGGAUUGGCUGGGUCACUCCGGACUACCACCAGUAUGAUCCAGGCUUUGACCUUUCCAAAGUGCGCAGUGUCACUGUUACUGUUGGAGAUGACAAAGGCAACAUACAUGACAGCAUGAAGCACAGUAACUGUUAUAUGGUGUGGGGAGGGGACCUGGUCAGCAAUCAGCAGACCCGCUUCAGCCAGGAGGACAUGGUUGUUGGCUGCUUGGUUGAUCUGGCAACCGGUCUCAUGACCUUUACAGCCAAUGGAAAGGAGAUAAACACCUUUUACCAGGUGGAGCCAAACACCAAGCUGUUCCCCGCUGUCUUCGUUCAGCCAUCCAACCAGAACUUGGUGCAGCUGGAGCUGGGCAAACUCAAGAAUAUCAUGCCCAUCUCAGCAGCCAUGUUCCGCAGCGAGCGCAACAACCCGGUCCCGCAGUGCCCGCCCAGGCUGGACGUCCAGAUGCUGACCCCGGUUAUCUGGAGUCGUAUGCCCAACCACUUCCUCAAACCGGUGGUGGGCAAAGUGAGCGAGAGGCUGGGCUGGAGCGUGGAGUGCACGGAACCUCUCAUCAUGAUGGCUCUGCACAUCCCAGAGGAGAACAGGUGUAUCGACAUCCUGGAGCUGUCGGAGCGUAAGGAUCUGAUGAAGUUCCACUACCACACCCUGAUGCUGUACUGUGCCGUGUGUGCGCUCGGCAACAACCGUGUGGCUCACGCCCUCUGCAGCCACGUGGACGAAUCACAGCUGUUCUACGCCACGGAGAACACCUACCUGCCAGGACCCCUCCGCAGCGGCUACUACGACCUGCUCAUCAGCAUCCACCUGGAGUCGGCCAAACGCGCCCGCCUGGGCACCAACCGGGAGUUCAUCGUGCCCAUGUCCCAGGAGACGCUCAGCAUCCACCUGUACCCCGACGCCAAGAAGGCCCACUCCCUCCCCGGGGUGGGCCUCACCACCUGCCUACGGCCCAAGCUGCAUUUCUCCUCCAUCAACUUUGUCGGCACCGACCCCGACCUCUACACCCUCAGCCCCGUUUUCCCUCUCCAGGAGCUGAAGACCCGGGCCAUCAGCAUGCUGACGGAGGCCGUGCUGGAUGGCAGCCAGGCCAUGAGGGACCCCGUCGGAGGCAGCGUGGAGUUCCACUUCGUCCCCAUCCUGAAGCUCAUCAGCACUCUGCUCAUCAUGGGCAUCUUCAACGACGAGGACACCAAGCACAUCCUCAAGAUGAUCGACCCACACGUGUUCAGUGGGAAAGAGGAAGUGGAGGAGAAGGAGGGAAAGAGAGCUGAGGAGGGUGGAGCUGCUGAGGUCGAGGAAGAGAAGGAUGAGGAUGACGAAGACGAAGAGGAGGAGGAGCUGAAAGAGUUGGAAGAAGGAAAGCCGAAGGAGGAAGGAGCCGAGCCUAAGGAGGAAGGAGAAGAGGAGAAGGAGGCGGCGGAAGGAGAAAAGCUGGAGGUAGAGAAGGCAGAGGAGGAGAAGAAGGAGGAGGCAGUGGAGGCAGAAGCCAAAGAGGAAGAGGAGGGUCUGGAGGAGGGGUUACUGCAGAUGAAGCUACCAGAGUCUGUCAAGCUGCAGAUGUGCACUCUCCUGCAGUACUUCUGCGACUGCGAGCUGCGCCACAGAGUGGAAGCCAUCGUUGCAUAUUCAGAUGAGUUCGUCAACGAUAUCCAAAAGAACCAACGCGUCCGCUACAACCUGCUGAUGAGAGCCUUCAGCAUGUCGGCUGCUGAGACCGCCCGCCAGACCCGGGAGUUCCGCUCUCCGCCUCAGGACCAGGUUCUUUUGCUGACCAAGUUCAAGCACAGUCCAGAGGACGAGUUCAGCCCGGUGCCUGAGGAGACGCGGGACACUCUGGUGGAGUUCCACAUCGACCUGCUGCUGCACUGCGGUAUUCAUGUGGAGGAGGAGGCGGAGGAAAAGGAGGUGGACUCCUCACUGAGGGGCAGACUCAUCAGUAUGGUGGAUAUAAUCAAGAGCCUGCGCAAGAAGGAGGAGAAGGAAGAGCCGGAGGUGGAGGAGGAGCAGAAGCCCAACUCGCUCCAGGAGCUGAUCUCCCACACCAUGAUCCACUGGGCCCAGGAGUCGUUCAUCCAGAACCCGGAGCUGGUGCGCCUGAUGUUCAGCCUGCUGCACCGGCAGUACGACGGCCUGGGGGAGCUGAUCCGAGUGCUGCCCAAAGCCUACGCCAUCAACGCCAUCUCCGUGCAGGACACCAUGGACCUUCUGGAGUGUCUGGGGCAGAUCCGCUCGCUGCUCAUCGUCCAGAUGGGCCCCGAGGAGGAGCGCCUCAUGAUCCAGAGCAUCGGGAACAUCAUGAACAACAAGGUGUUCUACCAGCACCCCAACCUGAUGCGAGCCCUGGGUAUGCAUGAGACUGUGAUGGAGGUGAUGGUUAAUGUGCUGGGCGGAGGAGGAGACUCCAAGGAGAUCCGGUUCCCCCAGAUGGUGACCAACUGCUGUCGUUUCCUGUGUUACUUCUGUCGUAUCAGCCGACAGAACCAGCGCUCCAUGUUUGACCACCUGAGCUACCUGCUGCAGAACAGCGGCAUCGGCCUGGGCAUGCGAGGAUCCACCCCUCUGGACGUGGCUGCAGCUUCCUGCAUCGACAACAACGAGCUGGCGCUGGCUCUUCAAGAGCAGGACCUGGAAAUGGUAGUGACAUACCUGGCGGGCUGCGGUCUGCAGAUGUGUCCCAUGCUCCUCUCUAAGGGUUACCCUGACAUCGGCUGGAACCCCUGCGGAGGGGGGAGAUACCUGGACUUCCUGCGCUUCGCUGUCUUUGUGAACGGAGAGAGCGUGGAGGAGAACGCCAACGUGGUGGUGCGUCUGCUCAUCCGUCGGCCCGAGUGCUUCGGCCCUGCCCUGAGAGGGGAGGGGGGGAACGGUCUGCUGGCUGCCAUGGAGGAGGCCAUCAAGAUCUCAGAGGACCCGGCCAGGGACGGACCCACGGUGAAAAAGGACCGACGCUUCAUGUUUGGUGGUGAGGAGCAGCAGGAGGAGAACCGCGUCCACCUGGGGAACGCCAUCAUGUCCUUCUACUCCGCCCUCAUCGAUCUGCUGGGUCGCUGCGCCCCUGAGAUGCAUCUGAUCCAAGCAGGAAAGGGUGAAGCUCUGAGGAUCCGGGCCAUCCUGAGGUCUCUGGUGCCCAUAGAGGACCUGGUGGGGGUCAUCAGCCUCUCUGUGCAGAUCCCUGCCUACGGCAAAGAUACUCAGAUCCUUGAGCCGAAGAUGUCAGCCAGCUUCGUCCCGGACCACAAAGCCUCCAUGGUGCUGUUCCUGGACAGAGUGUACGGGAUCGACAACCAGGACUUCCUGCUGCACGUGCUGGAGGUCGGCUUCCUGCCCGACAUGAGGGCUGCAGCCUCUCUGGACACGCUGGCCUUCAGCACCACUGAGAUGGCCUUGGCCCUGAACCGCUACCUCUGCUCGGCUGUCCUGCCUCUGCUCACCAAGUGUGCCCCGCUGUAUGCUGGGACGGACCACCGCGCCAUCAUGAUCGACUCCAUGCUGCACACCAUCUACCGGCUGUCCCGCGGCCGAGCCCUCACCAAGGCUCAGAGGGACGUCAUCGAGGAGUGCCUCGUGUCGCUCUGCAAGUACCUCCGGCCCUCCAUGCUGCAGCACCUGCUCAGACGGCUGGUGUUUGAUGUUCCCAUCCUCAACGAAUACGCCAAGAUGCCUCUUAAGCUGUUGACCAAUCACUAUGAGCGCUGUUGGAGGUACUACUGCCUGCCUAACGGAUGGGCUAACUUCGGGGUGACCUCAGAGGAGGAGCUGCAUCUUACUCGUAAACUCUUCUGGGGAAUCUUUGAGUCUUUGGCACACAAGAAAUAUGACGCAGAGCUCUUCAAGAUCGCCAUGCCGUGCCUCUGUGCCAUAGCUGGAGCCAUCCCUCCGGACUACGUGGACGCCACCUUCUCCUCCGCCACUGAGAAGAAGGCCUCUGUGGACGCUGAGGGAAACUUUGAUCCAAAGCCAGUGGAGACCACCAACACCAUCAUCCCCGAGAGGCUGGACGCCUUCAUCAACAAGUACGCAGAGCACACUCAUGACAGAUGGGCCUUUGAAAAGAUUCAGAACAACUGGACCUAUGGAGAGGUGUUGGAUGAGAAUUCUAAGACCCACCCGAUGCUCCGACCUUACAAAACGUUCUCUGAAAAGGACAAGGAGAUUUAUCGUUGGCCCAUCAAGGAAUCCAUGAAAGCCAUGUUGGCCUGGGAGUGGACUCUAGAUAAAGCCAGGGAUGGGGAGGGGGAAGUGGAGAAGAAGGCCGUCACACGCAAGAUCUCCCAAACUGCUCAGGCCACGUAUGACCCCAGUCAGGGCUACAACCCUCAGCCAAUAGACAUCGCAGGAAUGGCUCUGUCCAGAGAGCUGCAGUCUAUGGCCGAGCAGCUGGCAGAGAACUAUCACAACACCUGGGGCAGGAAGAAGAAGCUGGAGCUGCAGGCCAAAGGCAGUGGCACCCAUCCUUUGCUCGUGCCUUAUGACACCCUGACGGCUAAGGAGAAGGCCCGGGACAGGGAGAAGGCCCAGGACAUGCUCAAGUUCCUCCAGCUUAACGGAUACUCUGUGACAAGGGGACUGAAGGACAUGGAACAGGACAUUUCCUCCAUCGAGAAGCGUUUUGCCUACGGCUUCCUCCAGAAACUCCUGAAAUGGAUGGACAUCGCCCAGGAGUUCAUCGCCCAUCUUGAGGCUGUGGUUAGCAGUGGUAGAGUGGAGAAGUCACCUCAUGAACAAGAGAUCAAAUUCUUUGCCAAGAUCCUCUUGCCAUUGGUGAAUCAGUACUUCAAGAACCACUGCCUGUACUUCCUCUCCACUCCUGCAAAGUUGUUGGGCAGUGGAGGGCAUUCCUCCAACAAGGAGAAGGAGAUGAUUGCAAGUAUCUUCUGUAAAUUGGCUGCUUUGGUGAGACACAGAGUAUCUCUCUUUGGCACAGACGCAGGUGCAGUUGUAAACUGUCUGCACAUCCUCUCACGGUCACUGGAUGCCAGGACCGUUAUGAAAUCUGGUCCUGAAAUUGUUAAGGCCGUCCUGAGGCAGUUCUUUGAGAGUGCUGCGGAUGACAUUGAGAAGAUGGUGGAGAAUCUGAAACUGGGCAAGGUGUCCAGUCGGAACCAGGUUAAGGGUGUGUCCCAGAACAUCAACUACACCACCAACGCUCUGCUGCCAGUCCUCACCUCGCUGUUCGACCACAUCGCCCAGUUCCAGUUUGGAGACGACGUCAUGUUGGACGACUUGCAAAUAUCCUGCUAUCGUUUAAUGUGCAGCAUCUACUCUUUGGGCACGGUGAAGACUCCACAUGUAGAGAAACAGCGACCGGCUCUUGGCGAGUGUUUGGCCCACUUAGCAGCUGCCAUGCCAGUGGCCUUCCUGGAGCCAUCCCUGAAUGAGUACAACAUGUUCUCUGUUUACACCACCAAGACUCCCAGAGAGAGAACCAUUCUGGGUCUCCCGAGCCAAGUGGAGGAGCUGUGCCCGGACAUCCCCGAGCUGGAGGUCCUGAUGAAGGAAAUCCACGACCUGGCCGAGUCAGGGGCUCGCUACACAGAAAUGCCCCAUGUGAUUGAGAUCACCCUGCCCAUGUUGUGUAACUACCUGCCCCGCUGGUGGGAGAGGGGCCCGGAGAAUCUCCCCGAGCAGGAGGGCCAGGUCUGCACCUCCGUCACUUCGGAGCAGCUCAACCAGCUGCUGGGGAGCAUCAUGAAGAUCGUGGUUAACAACCUGGGUAUAGAUGAGGCCUCCUGGAUGAAGAGAUUGGCAGUGUUCUCCCAGCCUAUUGUCAGCAGGGCUAAGCCAGAGAUGCUUAAGUCCCACUUCAUCCCCACCAUGGAGAAGCUGAAGAAGCGUUCAGGGAAGGUGGUGGCCGAGGAGGAUCAGCUGCGCAUGGAGGGCAAGCAGGAGAUGGACAGUGAGAACGGGACCAUCCGAGAUGAGUUCGCUGUGCUGUGCCGGGACCUGUAUGCUCUCUACCCCCUGCUCAUCCGCUACGUGGACAACAACAGGGCGAGAUGGUUGACCUGUCCUGACCCGGAUGCAGAGGAACUCUUCAGGAUGGUGGGGGAAGUCUUCAUUUUCUGGUCCAAAUCCCACAACUUUAAGAGAGAGGAACAGAACUUUGUGGUGAUGAAUGAGAUCAACAACAUGUCCUUCCUGACCGCAGACAGUAAGAGCAAGAUGAGCAAGGCCGGAGAUGGAGAGUCUGGAGGCUCAGAGCAGGAGCGUACCAAGAAGAAGCGGCGCGGGGACCGCUACUCUGUGCAGACCUCCCUCAUCGUCGCUGCUUUAAAGAAGAUGCUUCCUAUCGGCCUCAACAUGUGCUCUCCUGCAGACCAGGAGCUCAUCAACCUCGCCAAGAUCAGAUACUCACUGAAAGACACGGAUGAAGAGGUUAGGGAGUUCUUGACCAACAAUCUGCAUCUGCAAGGGAAGGUGGAGGACCCCGCUAUGCGCUGGCAGAUGUCUCUUUAUAAGGAGAAUUCCGGGAAGGCAGAAGAUGCAGAGGACCCUGAGAAAGUGGUAAAAAGAGUACAAGAGGUGUCGGCUGUCCUUUACCACAUCGAGGUGACGGAGCAUCCCUACAAGUCGAAGAAAAUGGUGUGGCAUAAGCUGCUGUCAAAGCAGCGGCGCAGAGCUGUGGUGGCCUGUUUCAGGAUGACCCCCCUGUACAACAUCCCUGCGCACAGGGCGACCAACAUGUUCUUAGAUGCCUACAAACGCAACUGGUUGGAGACUGAAGGUUACUUGUUUGAGGACAAGAUGAUUGACGACUUAUCAAAAGCCUUGGAGGAAGAGGAGGAAGAGGAAGAGGAGACCGAGACGAAGCCUGACCCCCUUCAUCAGCUGAUUCUUCAUUUCAGCCGCACAGCUCUCACAGAGAAGACUAAACUUGACGUUGACCACCUCUAUAUGUCUUAUGCUGAUAUUAUGGCAAAGAGCUGUCACAUUGGUGAGGAGGACGAAGGGGGAGAUCAGGAGGGGGAGGAGCCAGCCUUUGAGGAUAAGGAGAUGGAGAAACAGAGACUUCUGUAUCAGCAGUCCCGUCUGCACAACCGCGGGGCCGCAGAGAUGGUUCUGCAGAUGAUCAGUGCCUGUAAAGGCGAACCUGGAGCCAUGGUUUCUUCUACUCUUAAAAUGGGAAUCUCCAUCCUCAACGGAGGCAAUUGUGAUGUACAGCAGCGGAUGUUGGACUAUCUGAAGGAUAAAAAGGAAGUGGGAUUCUUCCUUAGCAUUCAGGCUCUCAUGCAGACCUGCAGCGUUUUGGACUUGAAUGCUUUUGAGAGGCAGAACAAGGCUGAGGGCCUUGGGAUGGUUUCAGAGGAAGGCAAUAAUAAGAAGCUAGAACGUGAUGAGAAAGUGAUGGCUGACGAUGAAUUUACAUGUGAUAUCUUCCGCUUCCUGCAGCUUUUGUGUGAAGGCCACAAUAACGAUUUCCAGAACUAUUUGAGAACUCAGACAGGCAGCACCACUACCAUCAACAUCAUCAUCUGCACUGUGGACUACCUGCUGCGACUACAGGAGUCCAUCAGUGACUUUUACUGGUACUACUCAGGAAAAGACAUCAUUGAUGAGCCUGGUAAGAGGAAUUUCUCCAAAGCAAUGUCUGUGGCCAAACAGGUCUUCAACAGCUUGACUGAGUACAUCCAGGGCCCCUGCACUGGGAACCAGCAGUCCCUGGCUCACAGCAGGCUGUGGGACGCGGUGGUGGGCUUCCUGCACGUCUUUGCUCACAUGAUGAUGAAACUCGCUCAGAUGCUCCCUGAUUCUGGACAACGCAACAACGAUCACUUUUGGAGUAGAGCACACUCAGAGGACUCCAGUCAGAUUGGUCUGUUGAAGGAGCUGUUGGAUCUGCAGAAGGAAAUGGUGGUGAUGCUUCUGUCUCUACUUGAAGGCAAUAUUGUGAACGGCACCAUUGCCAGGCAAAUGGUCGACAUGCUGGUGGAGUCCUCCAGCAACGUGGAGAUGAUCCUCAAGUUCUUCGACAUGUUCCUCAAGCUCAAAGACAUCGUGGCAUCAGAUGCCUUCCGGGACUACGUCACCGACCCCCGUGGGCUUAUCUCCAAAAAAGACUUCUCCAAGGCCAUGGACAGCCAGAAGCAAUACUCUCCCUCAGAAAUCCAGUUCCUCCUCUCUUGCUCAGAAGCUGAUGAGAAUGAGAUGAUCAACUUUGAGGAGUUUGCAGAUCGUUUCCAGGAGCCAGCCAAGGACAUCGGCUUCAAUAUCGCCGUUCUGCUCACCAACCUGUCGGAGCACGUGCCCCACGACACUCGCCUUCAGAACUUCCUGGAGCAGGCAGAGAGCGUGCUCAAGUACUUCCGCCCAUUCCUCGGCCGCAUCGAGAUCAUGGGAGCCAGCAAGAAGAUUGAGCGCAUUUACUUUGAGAUCAGCGAGGCUAAUCGCGACCAGUGGGAAAUGCCACAAGUUCGAGAGUCCAAGCGGCAGUUCAUAUUUGAUGUGGUCAAUGAGGGCCAAGAGAGUGAGAAAAUGGAGAUGUUUGUGAACUUCUGCGAGGACACCAUCUUUGAGAUGAACAUUGCGGCGUCUAUCUCUGAGCCUGAGGGAGACGAUGCAGAAGAAGAAGACGAUGAGGAAGGAGAGGAAGGCGGGGGAGAACAAGCAGAGGCUGUAGAAGGAGAGGAAGGCAAUGGAGAUGAAGACCCUCCAGAGGCAGCUUCAGCCUUCGCAGAGUUUCUGAAGAGCGUGGGGGACUUCUUCAACAUGUUCACAUUCCGUAACCUGCGACGUCGCUACCGCAAACUUAGAAAGAUGACUGUGAAGGAGAUGGUGAUCGGCCUGGUUACGUUUAUCUACACUAUUCUGAUGGGUAUCCUGAUGUUUGUCUACGGUGUAUGUAAGGGCUUCUUCACAAUCACAUGGAAGGUGCUGUUCGGUGGAGGUCUAGUGGAAGGUGCCAAGAAGAUAACGGUAACGGAGAUAUUAGCCAGUAUGCCAGAUCCCACGCAGGACGAAGUUCACGGCGACCUGCCACCUGAACCAGGGGCUAGAGAGGACCAAGACGCAGACGGUGGGUCAGACCACUUAGAUGGUGGGGGAGAAGGGGAGGAAGAGGAGGAUAGCGAGGAGAGGGAAGGUGGACGUCUGCCCGGUUUCAAUACUCCAGGGGGACUCGGGGACUUUGGUGAGACGACGGCUGAAGAGCCUCCGACACCAGAGGGCACACCGCUGCUGAAGAGAAAACUGUUGGAAUCCGCAGUGGGAGAACCAGGAGAGGAAGAGCAACCUGCUCAACCCGAAGAAGUGGCUCCUCCAGAGACUGAGAAAGCAGACACCGAGAAUGGCGAGAAGACAGAGAAAGCAGAACCGGAACCUGAGGUAAAGAAGGAGGAGCCCGAGGAUAGAAGAGAAGAAGAAAAGGCCAAGGCGAAGAAGGAAAAGAAACCCGCGGAGGAGGGCUUUGAGCUGUGGAAUGAGCUGGAGAUCCAGAGAGUCAAAUUCAUGAACUACCUUUCUCGCAACUUCUACAACCUUCGCUUCCUGGUCCUGUUCAUCUCCUUCGCUCUCAAUUUCAUCCUGCUCUUCUACAAGGUGUCCGACACACCUCGUGGUGAGGAGGAGAUUGAGGGUUCUGCAUUGUUUGAGGGCUCCGACCUGUUUGAAGGAUCCGGUGCUGAGGAGGAUGGGUCCGGAUUUGAUAACGGAGGUGAAGAUGAGGAAGAAGAAGGUCCCAUGUACUACUUCUUGGAAGAGAGCACAGGCUACAUGGAGCCGGCCAUGGCUUUCUUCGGUAUCGUCCACACUAUCAUCUCCAUCCUCUGCAUCAUUGGCUACAACUGCCUCAAGGUCCCUCUGGUCAUCUUCAAGAGAGAGAAGGAGCUGGCCAGAAAGCUGGAGUUUGAUGGUCUCUAUGUCACUGAGCAGCCUGAGGACGAGGACAUCAAGGGCCAGUGGGACAGGCUGGUGCUCAACACUCCAUCCUUCCCUAACAACUACUGGGACAAGUUUGUGAAGAGAAAGGUGCUGGAUAAAUAUGGUGACAUCUACGGCAGAGAGAGGAUUGCUGAGCUGCUCGGUAUGGACUUGGCUUCUCUAGACGUCAGUGCCAUGAUGCAUGAGAAGAAGCCCGAACCAGACACCUCAAUUUUGAGCUGGUUACCAGCUAUUGACAUCAAGUACCAGAUCUGGAAGUUUGGCGUUAUUUUCACUGACAAUACCUUCCUCUACCUGGUUUGGUACAUGUUGAUGUCUCUACUUGGACACUACAACAACUUCUUCUUUGCCACUCUUCUCCUGGACAUCGCCAUGGGUGUCAAAACCCUGCGCACCAUCUUGUCCUCCGUGACUCACAACGGCAAACAGCUGAUGAUGACUGUAGGUUUGCUGGCUGUGGUGGUGUACCUGUACACCGUGGUGGCCUUCAACUUCUUCCGCAAGUUCUACAACAUGAGCGAGGAUGAGGACGAGCCGGACAUGAAGUGUGAUGACAUGAUGACUUGUUACCUGUUCCACAUGUACGUUGGCGUGCGUGCUGGUGGAGGUAUUGGAGAUGAAAUUGAGGACCCAGCGGGGGAUGAGUACGAGCUCUACCGAGUGGUCUUUGACAUCACCUUCUUCUUCUUUGUCAUCGUCAUCCUGCUGGCUAUCAUCCAGGGUUUGAUCAUUGAUGCCUUUGGAGAGCUGAGAGACCAGCAGGAGCAGGUCAGAGAGGACAUGGAGACAAAGUGUUUCAUCUGUGGAAUUGGAAGCGACUACUUUGACACGACGCCUCACGGCUUUGAGACACACACCUUAGAAGAGCAUAACUUAGCCAACUACAUGUUCUUCCUGAUGUAUCUCAUUAACAAAGAUGAAACAGAACACACAGGACAGGAGUCAUACGUGUGGAAGCUGUACCAGGAGCGCUGCUGGGACUUCUUCCCUGCUGGGGACUGCUUCAGGAAGCAGUAUGAGGAUCAGCUGGGAUAAUGUCCUGCAUGGCUAACGUCUGAAGGAGAACGAGAGGAAAGGAGGGGAGGGACAUAAGAGAGAGAAGAAAUGUACAGAUUGAACACGUCUAAUAUCUUAGUUUUGUCCUUUUCCUGCACAUUUCUCUCCUCCGUUGAAGCUAUGCACACUUUCACUGCACUGGUGUACCACCUGCAGCAGAAUGUCCAUGGAAUAGAUUUGAGAAAAGCUGAAGAAAUAUAGGAGGCAUAAAAAAUGACUUUUUUAUUUCACAAUGAACACAUGGCCUUUCUGGUGUCAAAUAGACAUACUGCAGACGGCCUUGCAUAACAAUGCAUUUAUACAAAAUGGGCUCUUUCAGUCGCUGCUGCUGUAAACGUUUUAGUGCCUAUAGCAAUGUCACUGCUUUAGCAAUCAGUUUACUUUAACACAUUUAUUUUAGAUUAGAGUGGAUAUGUUUGUAUGUAAGGGUUUUUUUUGGAUGUAGCUGCUGCCAUUUGAUAUUUAACGUCUGGUGUUUCAGAGAGAGAAAGUGAUUUGAAGGUAAAUGAUUCAGCAGCUUACAGUCGUAUCUCCAAGAUCCUGGAGGGAGCAGUGAAAGUGGUAAGCGCUCUCUCGUAUCUUCAUCCUUCCUCUCUUGAGACUUAAAAACUUGCCUUCAAACGAGCAACCAUGAAUGGGAACUCUCGUUGGACUGACUUGCCAAGAUAAUAAACUUGAGUGUCAUCUGCAUACGUGACAUAUACCUGUGUAAAUCAGCUGACAAACCCAGUUUGCACUCUGAAGUCUUACAAUGUGUCCCUGGAUGUAUGUACUCCACUAUCUCUCCUGGUGUGUCUGUGCCAUAAGAUAGUGAUGAUGUACACACAAAGUAUAUGAGGAUGCCAAGGUUAUUUAUUUAUUGUUUAUACGCAGAUCAAAUCUUCUGAAGACGACCGUUUUAGCCCGUCUGUAUUUCUGGCCAACAGAACACUUUAUGGACAAAUAUCUUUCAGUGCAUUGAAAUAACUAAUGAAUGUAUUUAAUGUAUACACUUUGGCCAAAGUGCCAUGUGUACAACUGAUAAAUGCCAAGGCUGCAUAGAGGCCUUAUGAUGGAAAGACAUAUUUUACAUAAAUCAUAGAUUCAUUUUAUUUAGGGCUUUAAAGAAUUUGAAAGAUGCUUCCUUGUCAGAGUUUCACAUUUCGUGUGUAUUGUUUGUGAAAACCACAAAGAUGAAGGGACUCUGUCUCACACUGAAGAAAAUGCCUAGGUUGCAGUCAGAAGAGAUGUUUUUGCUAGUUAGGUUUUUAUGUUAGAUAUUUUUAGGAAUCUAGCAUAUCAGUUAUUUUUCUCAAUCAAAGUCUCAUCCGAUGUGUUGAUCUCCGACAGUUCUAUCUUACUAUGCCUCUUAAAGAUCACACACAAACUCUUAUUUAUUGUCAUGACUCACUUUGACAGGCAGAGCAGUGGUCUGUUUGCAGGUGACUCUGAAGUGUGUAAUGUUCGCUGUGGUCCACUAGGGGGCCGCUGACAAUACAGAGCUGGAGGGAGAUCGUUACUGACUGAACCCUGUGUUUCAAUACAGAAUAAACAGAUUAUUUUAAGGAGAA